GUCAUAUUUCAACCAAAAAAAAAGCCAGCGGAAAGGGAAAAAAACACAUCUCUCGUUUCUUCAGAUCCUCCUCCGAAGAAGCAAAAGAUCACCCUUUACGACACACGAUUUGGUUUCAGUUUUCAAUUCCAUCGAGACCCUAAUUUCAUAAUUCCUAACUUUAUUGAGGUUGGGCAGGAUGAGUGAGGUAUUUGAAGGUUAUGAAAGACAAUACUGUGAGCUUUCUGCUAAUUUAGCCAAGAAAUGUGCCGCUGCUGCUCUUCUUGAUGGAGAGCAGAAGAAGCAGAAGGUUUCUGAUGUAAAAGCUGGUUUGGAAGAUGCCGAGGCUUUGAUCAGAAAAAUGGACCUCGAAGCUAGAAGUUUACAGCCAAGUAUAAAGGCUAUGCUCCUCGCUAAGCUAAGGGAAUACAAAUCUGAUCUCAAUAAUUUGAAAACUGAAGUAAAAAGGAUCACAUCAGCUAGUCUUAACGCAGCUGCAAGGGAUGACUUGUUGGAAUCAGGAAUGGCAGAUACAAAGAUGGUGUCUGCCGAUCAAAGAGGAAGGUUGAUGAUGUCCACUGAGAGAUUGAAUCAAUCAAGUGAUAGAAUUAAGGAAAGUAGAAGAACCAUGCUGGAGACAGAAGAGCUUGGUGUCUCUAUCCUUCAGGAUUUACAUCAACAGCGCCAGUCUCUCCUCCACUCACAUACCACGCUUGGUGGGGUGGAUGACAACAUCGGCAAGAGUAAGAAAAUCCUGACAGCCAUGACAAGAAGGAUGAGCAGGAACAAAUGGAUCAUCGGCAGUCUUGUUGCAGCUUUGGUCUUGGCAAUCCUCAUAAUCCUUUACUUCAAGCUUGCUCACUAGCUGUCAUUGUUUUACAUCAGUUAUUUUGAAUUGAUGCUGUUAGGAGGCAUCCUGUGGUUGUUGCAUAAUUGGUGUGAAUGUUAUGGCAAGAUUGUGCGAGUGUGUGUGAUUAAAAGCUUUGUUAUGAAUGUCGAUAACAUAAAUGCAUACUCAUUAUUCCUCGGUCUUCCUUUUUCACUGUGAAGCAAAUUCUUAGAUUCC